AUGGCGGCAGUGGAAGCGCCAAAGUAUCAUGGCUUUGAUGCCACACCUCAAGCUCAAGGAUUGUACGAUCCGCGCAACGAAAAGGACAGCUGUGGCGUCGGAAUGGUUGCAGAUAUUACAGGAACACCAUCUCGGGCCAUUGUCGAUGGGGCUCUCCAGGUUUUGGAGAAUUUGGAUCACAGAGGUGCUCGGGGUUGUGAGAAGGACACUGGCGAUGGCGCUGGCAUCUUGUGUGGCAUUCCUGACCAGUUCAUGCGCCGUGUUGCAGCAGAAUUGUCAGUGACUUUGCCACCUCCUCGUGAAUAUGCGGUUGGAAACGUUUUUCUUGACCGGAGCGAAGAUGGCACUCAGGAAGGCAAGCGGAUCUUCGAGCAAGUCUGUGCAUCCAUUGAAGGUCUCCGCAUGAUCGCCUGGCGCAGUGUGCCGGUUGAAUCCGAUUGCCUGGGCAAAACUGCCAGAGACCAUGAGCCCGCCAUCGAGCAAGCAUUCAUCGCCGCAGAAGGUGCUUUGAAAAAAGACUUGGCGAAGUUCGAGGCCGCACUUUUCGUUCUGCGCAAGCGUGCGGCUAACAUUGCUGCUCAACAUGCAGACCUUCCGUUCUACGUGUGCUCGCUCUCUCCGAGAAUCAUCAACUACAAGGGCAUGCUGACAUGUCCAGGUCUCGUCAGGUACUUCUUGGACCUGCAAGAGGAUGACUUCGAGUCUCAUGUGGCCUUGGUUCACAGCCGUUUCUCCACCAACACCUUUCCCGCAUGGCGACGUGCACAUCCCUUCCGCCACAUUUGCCACAAUGGUGAAAUUAACACGCUCAAGGGAAACGUGAACUUUGCCCGUGCACGUGAAGGGUUGAUGAAGUCCGAGCUUCUCGGGCCUGAGUUGGAGCAGUGCUUUCCUUUGAUGGAGCUGGACCAAACGGACAGUGGAAUCUUCGACAACUUCUUGGAAGUGCUAACAAUUUCAGGGAGGACGCUUCCGGAAGCCGUGGCCAUGAUGAUGCCACCUGCAUGGGAGAACUCCGACUCCAUGGAGCCGAAGCUAAAGGACUACUACAAAUACCAAGCAGCCAUCAUGGAACCCUGGGAUGGCCCCGCACUCGUCUGCUUCACAGAUGGUGACGGUGUCGGCGCCUCGCUUGACAGAAAUGGUCUCAGGCCAUGCCGCUACUACGUGACGAAAGACAACAAGCUCAUUGUCUCUUCGGAAUGUGGAGUGCUGAAGAUGCCCGCGGACAGCAUCGUGGCAAAGGGGCGCUUGUCACCAGGUAAGAUGCUCUGGGCAGACUUCAACAAACAUACCUUGACUCAGGACGGUGAGUUGAAGGCGAAGUUUGCGUCCGUCCUGCCCUGGGGCGACUGGUUGAAGAGCGAGGCAAUGACUAUGGAGACCUUGUUGAAUGCAGGCUCUCCGAAGGUGCCAUCAAUUUCUGAUGAUCAGCGAGCGCCGCUCCUCCGUGCUUUCGGCUACACGCAGGAAUCCCUGGAAUUGCUGCUCCUACCCAUGGGCAAGGAUGGUGAAGAAGCCUUGGGGAGCAUGGGCAACGACACGCCCCUGGCCUGCCUCUCCGAGCAGAACCGCCCGGUCUUCGACUUCUUCUACCAGCUCUUCGCACAGGUCACGAACCCUCCGAUCGAUCCCAUUCGUGAGUCUGUCGUCAUGUCGCUGGGAUGCUGGAUUGGUCCUGAAACCAAUGUGCUGGGCUCGCCGAGCCCUCAGCACUGCCAACGCUUGUGGUUGGACAAGCCUUGCCUGCUUCCGGCUGAAAUGGCUGCCUUGGCUCAUACGACCGACAUCAAGGGUUGGAAGAUCAAGUCAUGCGAUACCACUUUCCCCAUCAGCGAAGGUGCUACCGGCAUGGAGCGCCACCUGCAGAGAGUGUGCAAGGAGGCAACCACUGCGGCUAAGGAGGGCUUUCAGAUCAUCAUCCUCUCCGACAGGUCAUCCUCUGAAAAGUCUGCACCAAUGCCAUCGCUCCUCGUCAGUGGCGCCGUGCAUCAGGCACUUGUUUCCGAGAAGCUCCGCACCAAGGUUGCGCUCGUGCUCGAGAGCGGAGAGCCGUUUGAAGUUGCACAUCAUGCGCUGUUGCUGACUUUUGGUUGUGAUGCAGUCUUCCCGUACAUGGCAUACGAAGCCUUGCAACUUCUGGGGGACGAGGGCAAGUUCGGAGAGGGCUGGUCCAAAGAAGAGAAGUUCGCAAAGUAUCAGAAAGCGGUGGGAAAGGGACUGCUGAAGAUCAUGGCCAAGAUGGGCAUCUCCACGCUGCGCAGCUACAAGGGCGCCCAGAUCGCAGAUGCCAUCGGCUUGAGCAAAGAGGUGGCAGAAAUGUGCUUCACCGGCAUUGCAAGUCAGCUUGGCGGCUUGGGCUUUGAGCAGAUUGCUCUGCGAACGCUCUCGGUGCAUGAUCGCGGCUUUUCACCGGAUGGCGGCUACACUGUGAAAAGCUUGUUCUCGAGUUUGCCGAAUGAAGGCAAGUACCACUACCGCCAAGGAGCCGAUGCAGAGAAGCACCUCAACGAUCCAAUGGUCAUCGCCAAGCUUCAGGAGGCUGCCAGAACAAACUCUCGCGCAGCCUACGCAUCCUUUGCGACUCUUCACAACAACCUGGUCAAGGCUUCGUCGAUUCGUGGGCAGUUGGACUUCAAACCACCCAGACAAUAUGGUCGAGCCCCGCUUCCCCUGGAAGCAGUGGAGGCAGCAAGCGAGAUUGUGAAGCGCUUCCGCACUGGUGCCAUGUCUUACGGGUCGAUCUCCAUGGAGGCCCACAGCACACUUGCGAUUGCGCUGAACCGGCUUGGUGGAUUCUCCAACACCGGUGAGGGCGGCGAAGAUCCUGCACGGUACGAGCCGCUGCCAAAUGGAGAUUCCCUGAAGUCAGCCAUCAAACAGGUGGCAUCGGGCCGCUUCGGUGUUACGAUGGAAUACCUGUCCAACGCGCAGGAGCUGCAGAUCAAGAUGGCUCAAGGCGCAAAGCCAGGUGAGGGAGGAGAGCUCCCAGGAAAGAAGGUGCACGGAGGCAUCGCCAAGACACGAAACUCCACACCUGGUGUUGGCCUGAUCUCGCCUCCGCCUCAUCACGACAUCUACUCCAUCGAAGACCUUGCCCAGCUGAUCUUUGACCUCAAGAACUCCAACCCAGAUGCCGGCGUCAGUGUGAAGCUGGUUAGCGAAAUUGGAGUCGGCGUGGUGGCGACUGGCGUGGCGAAGUGCAAGGCCGACCACAUCCUGAUCUCCGGCUGCGAUGGCGGCACCGGCGCAUCGAAGUGGACGGGCAUCAAACAUGCCGGUGCCCCUUGGGAAAUUGGCUUAGCCGAGACUCACCAGACUUUGGUCUUGAACGGCUUGCGCGGCCGUGUGACUUUGGAGACGGAUGGACAGCUCCGCACUGGUCGGGAUGUGGUCAUUGCGGCCCUGCUCGGAGCGGAGCGCUUCGGCUUUGCCACUGCACCUCUCAUCGCGAUGGGUUGUAUCAUGAUGCGCAAGUGCCACUUGAACACCUGCCCAGUUGGCAUUGCGACACAAGAUCCCGUCUUGCGAAAGAAGUUUGAAGGGUUGCCAGAGCACGUAGUGAACUACCUCAUGCUCGUGGCCGAGGAGGUGCGAGUGCUGAUGGCCAAGAUGGGCUUUCGAAACAUGGACGAGCUCAUCGGUCAUGCCGAGGUCUUGCGCACUGAUCCCGCAGUCCGUACUGGUCCGCUUCUACUCGAUCCGAUCCUGGCUGCUGCACACCAGCUCCCGGAUGCGGGCAAGAUGGGCAACAUCGAGAAUCGGAAGCUCUACGGCCAGGAGCAUUUCAUGGUUCUGCAGAGAAUGAUUGACCGAACGCUUGUGGAGGACUGCAAAAUGACCUUCCGUUAUGGCGAGCGCUCCUACGUCCAGUACAACCAUUUGAACAAUGCUGACCGGACGUGUGGAACCUUGUUGUCUCAUGAGGUCUUCAAGCGAUGGGGCAGCAGCCUUCCUCCUGGAACGUGCCACAUGAAGCUCUUCGGCACUUCGGGCCAGUCCUUCGGCGCGUUUUCUGUGAAGGGUGUGCUUCUCGAGCUGGAGGGUGACUCACAGGACUACUUCGGCAAGGGCUUGAGUGGAGGCGCUCUCGUCGUGUACCCGCCCAAGAAGGCCACCGAGCAAGGCUUCGAAGCUGCAAAGAACAUCAUCAUCGGCAACACAGCCCUGUAUGGAGCAACAUCCGGUGUCUGUUUUGUCAACGGCAUCGCGGCAGAGCGGUUUGCAGUGCGCAACUCCGGCGUUUGGGCUGUCGUGGAGGGUGCGGGUGAUCACUGUUGCGAGUACAUGACGGGUGGACGCGUUCUUGUUCUUGGACCUGUUGGGGACAACUUCGGUGCAGGCAUGAGCGGCGGGAUCACAUGGAUCUGGGACCCUUCCAACACCUUCGAGAGUCGCUCUUUGCCAGCAGACCUGGAGAUCGGGCGCCUUGCGCCGGAUUCCAACCCCCAGGCCUAUCCAAACGAGGAGAAGGACUUGAAGUCACUCCUCAAUGCUCAUAAGAGUUGGACCAACAGCAAACAGGCUGACGAGAUUCUGAAGCGCUGGCCUGCCUGCAUGCCGGAGUUUGUGCGGGUGUUCCCCAAGGACUUCAAGGCAGCAGUCCAGGCAGCCAUCGACCGGGGCGAGCACACUCCGAUCGGCUCCAUGAGGGAGUUUCUGCCCAUUCAAGAGGCGCUGAAUGAUUCGACCAACAAGCAGCGCAUUCGCAAGCAGCCCAAGCUCAGGAAAAUCUCCUCCCAGGAUGAAACAGGUCCAUUGAUGAGCGUGGACAUUGAGGAUGUAGCCUUGUUUCAGAAGACAACGAAAGGAAAUCGUCCAAAGAAGAUCGAGGAUGCCAAGUUGGUGGCCACUUCAAACCGUGGCUUCCUCGAGGUGGACCGGGGCGACCUUCCCAAAAGAGGAGUUGAGGAGCGGGUCGCAGAUUUCAAGGAGAUCUUGGCGAAGAAGGACGAGGUGGCGGUUCAGACCCAGGCCUCGCGUUGCAUGGACUGUGGCACGCCCUUCUGCCAUCAGUCUGUAACCGACAAGUCUGGAUGCCCCUUGGGCAACCUCAUUCCUGAGUGGAAUGACCUGGUUCGAAAGGGUGCCUGGUUCGAUGCCUUCAAGCGCCUCAUGGCCACCAACAACUUCCCGGAGUUUACUGGACGGGUGUGCCCGGCUCCCUGCGAAGGUGCAUGCACAUUGGGUAUCAUUGACGAGCCAGUGAGCAUCAAGUCCGUGGAGCUGAGCAUCAUUGACAAAGCCUACGAGAUGGGCUGGAUGGUGCCAAGCCCCCCGAAGGUCCGAACGGAGAAGAGGAUUGUCAUUGUGGGCUCUGGGCCUACCGGCCUGGCUGCGGCCGAUCAGCUCAACAAGAUGGGGCAUCGCAUUACUGUCCUCGAGCGUGCGGAUCGCAUCGGAGGACUCAUGAUGUACGGUGUUCCCAACAUGAAGACUGACAAGAUUGAUGUCGUCCAACGACGCGUGGACAUCAUGAAACGCGAGGGCAUCACUUUUGUCACCGGCCCUGCUGGGCGCGUUGCCGAGAGCUCAGAGGCAACCAUCGACGGCAACAGCAUGGGGCCCAGAGCUUCGCAGCUGCUCGAGGAGUACGACGCUGUUCUGCUCGCUGUUGGCGCCACCGUUGCCCGGGACAUGCAGUCAGUGCCAGGGCGUGACCUCAGCGGGAUCCAUUUGGCGAUGGACUACCUGACUCACAACACCAAGGCCUUGCUGGACGGCGGUGAUGUCAGCAACAAGUGGCGACGCUGGUGGGGAGCGAAGAAGACUGGUCUGGACCCAAAGACGUUGGAUGCCAAGGACAAGAAAGUGAUUGUCAUUGGAGGUGGUGACACCGGAAACGAUUGCAUCGGGACAGCUGUGCGUCAGGGUGCCAAGGCAGUCGUGAAUCUGGAGCUCAUGGGAAAGCCGCCCAAGCAGCGUGCUCCUCACAAUCCCUGGCCACAUUGGCCCAUGGUCUUCAAGGUGGACUAUGGUCACGAGGAGGCUGCCACCCAGUUGAACAAUGACCAGGACAUCCGACACUAUGGUGCUUUGACCAAGGAGUUCUUGGACGACGGCCAUGGCAAUGUGAAAGGCAUCAAAAUGGUGAAUGUUCGCUGGGAGAAGAUCGACGGCCAGAUGCGGAUGAUGGAGCAGCCUGGCUCUGAGAAAAUCAUCGAAGCAGAUUUGAUUCUGCUAGCGCUCGGCUUCUUGGGCCCCGAGAAUCCGUUGGCAGCUGCUUUUGGCGUUGACAUGGAUGAGCGUGGCAACUAUAAGGCAUUGUACCAGAAGAGCGAAGGUGAUUUCCAGACAUCAAACCCAAAGGUCUUUGCAGCAGGUGAUUGCCGACGCGGGCAGUCUCUGGUUGUCUGGGCAAUCAAGGAGGGGCGAGAUGCAGCUACAGCAGUGAACAGCUACCUGACGAACGAGUACCCGGCCUGA